AUGGUGAAAUCGUCUAGCCUAUCUGUCAGCUCGCUCGAUCAGCCGUAUCGACGGUCCGUGUCGUUCGAUCUCGGAGACGACGACGAGCCCGCGGGCUGCGUCCGAAGCGCGUCGAACCCCUCGCUGCUGAACGUGAGGGGUGGAACCGGCGCAGACGCGGGAAGGGCGGGGGGAAAGGCGGGGAUUGCGGGACGCCCCGAGGAUGAUGUGGGGGAUGAUAGCUCCAGUAUAGACAGUCUCGAUUGGGAAGGGGAGGAGGAGGACGUGGGCGGAAGGGAGCCGGAGCAGGAGAAGCGCGGGCGGCUCUCUCACGCGGGGCUGACUCCGCGGGACUCCCCCGCGCAACCCUCCCUUCCGCGCAACCGCUUUCCGCAACACCUCGACGCGCCCCGCGCUGCUGGUUCCAGCCGCGGGGGAGGCGAUGGCGCGACUGCGCCAGGCGGUGCCCGCGGCGCCGCGCACCGGCGGUCGCUCUCCUCCCCCGCGCACGACCUUGCGCCGCUCCCCCUCAGCUCCGCGUCGGGGGAAGCGGUAGUGGCGGGAACAGUGCUGGCUCCCCGUAGGCAGGCUAGGCAUUCCGAUUACAGCGACGAGAGUGAAAAUAGCGAGGGUGACGGUGAUGGGGAGGGGGGUCAGGGGCGGGGCAGGUCUGCUGGUGCAGGUGCAUCAGCGGGGGGGAAAAGCAGGGGGUUGCCUGGUGAGGGGAGGGGAGACAGGGGAGGGCGAGUGGCGGGAAGGGGCGGGGCAAGGGGAGGAACGAUCAGCGACGGCAGCCGAGGGGAGGGGCGAGGGCUCGAGCAGUCGGUUAGGCAUCCCGUGAAAGCGGGGGAAAGGCGAGGGGGAGGGGGGGUUGGCGGAGAAGCGGGAGAGGGGGGCGUUGUGGCUGUUGGGGGGAGCGGGGGGGCGAUGGGGCAGCCGUUUGUGAUGCAGUUUAAGGUUGCUGGGGUGCUGAGUGGGGAGGAGGACGAGGAGGAGGAUGAGGGAGAGGACUUGAGUGAUUCUGAAAUUGAAAGGGGAGGAGAGAGCGGAGUGGGGAUAAGAAACGCUGCGGAGAGAGGAGCGGGCGCGCGGGCACGGGGAGGAGCGCCUGUGAAAGCAGCGGUGAGGAUGGGGGGGUUGGGGGUGGCGGGGAGGGAAGGGGCGGGGAGUGCAGCGCACGCAGAGGGGUGGAGCGCGCGGGAGGAGCGGGCGCGGGUGCUGGCAAGUGACAGUGAGGAUGCGAGUGACGAAGAGAUGGGAAGAGGUGGGAGAGUGAGAGGGAGUGGGAGGGAGAGUGAGAGGAGGGGCGCUGUAGGCAUAGAUUGGGACAGGAACCGUGGGAUGGGCAGUGCCAGUGAUGCUGGCAGUGGUGCUGGCAGUGGUGCUGGCAGUGGUGCUGGCAGUUCUACUGGUGUUUCCGGUGCUGCUGGUGCUGGCAUUGCUGGCGGUGCUGCCGGCGCUGGUGGGUUCUGCAGUGAUUUGAGUGACAGCGAGGAGGAGGAAGAGGAGGAGCUGCUGCAGCUGGCACGGGAACGGCAGCAGCUGCUGCAGGCGAAGCUCGGGCAGCAGAACCCCCCGGCUUUGCACGCGAACGGGCAGCCCGAAAAAAAGGUUGGGGGUGGCCGGCAGGGAGUAGCAGGCAGGGAAAGGGACGGGGAGGGAACAUGGAGCGAGGGGAAAAGCCGGGCGAAAGUGACAAGUGCAGAAGGGGGGAGAGGAUUGGAGGAGGAUGAUGAUGGAUUGGAGCGGGAGUGGGAGUGGGAAUGGUCCCGAGUGAGGCAGAACCAACGAGUCUCUGAGCUUAAGGCUGCCCCACAAGGGGUUUUCUUUAAGAGUGCUUCUGUUGGCGGUGCUGCUGCUGUGGUCAGCAGACCAGCAAAAGGUGCAGCAGAGGCAGAGGGAGAGGAGGACGAGGUGGAGGAGGAGGAUGAGGGGGAGUGGGGGGAGAGUCCUGAGCAUGCACCCAGGGCGCAUUCGCUGCCGCGUGUGGGUGGGUCGGCAGAUCCCCGGCUUCUUGGGUUCGUGAAGUCGCAAUCUUUGUCCACUAGCAGCCGCCCGACCACUGCUGACUCAGCAGCGGUUACCAGACGGAGCCGGUACCUCAGGGGAGCAGCAGAGGGGCAGCAGCAGCAGCAGCAGCAGAGACCUCCACCUUGGAGGCAACCCCAUGGGAUGGGCAGAGAGAGGGAGGGGGGGGAGGGGCAGGGGCGCGCAGUGGGGCGAGACGCGGGGAGGGACGGGGGGAGGGAGGUAGGGAGGGAGGGUGACGCAGGAGCAGCAGUGCGACAGGGAGCAACAGCAGCAUCAGCAGGGGGCAGAAGGGCAGUGGGAGGGGAAGGAAUAGCAGCGGGCGAGGGUGGGGGAAAAGUGGGGGCUGUUCGGUCUCGUGCAGUGCAGCAACUGCGAACAGAGGGAGGGGGGGAAGGGGUCAGGGGCGGGGGAGGGGGAGGGGGAGGGGGAGGGGGAGGGGGAGGGGGAGGGGGAGGGGGAGGGGGAGGGGGAGGCGGAAGGGGGAGGCACAGGAGAACAAGCUCUGACCCACAGAUAGGGGCAGCGGUGCUGGCACGGAGAGGACAGAGUGUGGGGAGGAGUGGGCUGGCUGGUAGCCGAGCAGGGGAGAGGGUAGCGAGGUUCUAUAUCUACCGGUAG